AUGAAUGAUCGGGACAUGUUUUUACUUGAGUUCCUUCGGCACGAGGGCAGAGGAGAUUAUGCCAGUGACCCUGUCUGCUGGCGCUGCCAUCUUCACGUCCCUCAAUUUUGGUGUAUCGAUUGCUUCGGUACAGAGUUGUACUGUAAGGACUGUAUUGUCACCUUACACACUCAGAAUCCAGUACAUCGCAUUCAGGAGUGGAUGAACUCUUAUUUUACGGCGGUGUCCCUGAGGGACAUGGGCCUGCGUGUGCAGCUUGGACAUUUUGCAGGAGACUCAUGUCUGUUACCUGAGCGAGGAUUCAACGACGAAUUCACUCUUAUCGAUACUAACGGUAUUCACACUAUCGCAUUGGAUUUUUGCGGUUGCGAGACAGCUCAAACGCACACAAAACAACUAUUACGUGCUGCCUGGUUUCCGGCUACAACCGUCAAUCCACGCACAGCAGCAACCUUCCGCAUCCUGGAGCAAUAUCACCUUCUAUCAUUUGAAUCAAAGGCUUCAGGGUAUGAAUUUUAUCGCUCGAUUGCACGUCUGACCGAUAACACAGGACUUCAUCCUCAAAAGAAUCGUUAUGAGGCAUUCUUGCGGAUUGUUCGUGAAUGGCGCCACCUGAAGAUGCUCAAGCGAGCAGGCCGUGGACACGAUCCGGCUGGUGUCGAAAAUACGCAAAGCGGUGAAUGUGCUGUCCUAUGCCCCGCGUGCCCUCAACCUCUCAAAAAUCUUUCAGACAACUGGAAAGAGGUUCCAAAUGACAAAAGAUGGAUAUACGCUCUGUUCGUAGCCAUCGACGCGAAUUUCCGUCUCAAAAGACGUCUCGUCUCUAAAGAUUGCACAGACCCUGGGCUUAGUUGCGGGUGGGCCUACUUUGUGGAUGAGACGACGUACAAAGCAUAUUUACUCAAUCACGGUGGUAAACCACAAGAGAAAAGCACCUGCGCAUCACACAACACAGUCAACUUAGCGGAUACGAAAGCUUCGCAGGGUCUGGCUGCGACUGGAGUGGGAACGAUCGACUGUGCGCGGCAUAACAUGAAAUUACCCAAUGGUGUCGGGGACUUGCAGAAGGGCGAGCGAUACAGCAACAUGGAUUAUUUAUUUUUUUCGACCCUCCGCGGACGCAGCGUUGAAAUGCUGAAUGUUUCGUAUGAUAUUGCGUGCCAGUGGCACAAGAACAUUUGGGAACGCAUGGCCACAAUCCCUCUGGACCUCCAUCUAGACCCUCUCACUAAAUUUAUAAGGUUUUUUGUACCAAAAUUCCAUCUUCCUGCGCACGUUUUCAAAUGCCAAACAUCAUAUUCUUUCAAUUUCUCGAAGAACGAAAUGGGCCCCGGCUCUCGACGGGAUACUCUAGACGAUCACUUCGGUGAUUGGAACUGGAAAAAAACAGUUGGACUUGGUGCAAUGUUACUCCGAAAGAUGAACGAAGCAAAGGAGGAGAAAGAAGCUCACAAAAUCACUUUUGAGGAGCUAGACGGCGCUUUGCCACCUAAGGCAUCGGAUCCCUGGAAAUUGGAAAUCGAGUAUUGGGAAUGCAACCCCAAUGACUCUUUGGUUAGUAACCCGUUCGAGCCGAAGGUCACUUCGAUUACUCAAGCCACUGUUCGACUGAAGCUUGCGGAAAUGGAGGCUCGUGAUCUACAGCAAGGCGUCGAUAUAUCUUGCCACCCCGACAUUUCACCCAGCGUCUUUAUUGCAUCUGGAAUCGAUCUCGAAAGUGAACAGUACAAAUCCACCAUACAGCAUCAGCGGAACUCUCUGCAGCGAAAAAUUGAUGCGUGGAAGCGUGUCCAGGCACUCUACACUCCCACAGUCCAACUGCUACACUCGGAUUCAUUCCAACCUUCCCUCAACCCCAUCACACCAGAAGACGCAAAACUUUAUCUGCCAUCAACUAUGAGUGCUAAAUCUAUCCGUUGUGAUCCUCGCCUUCAGGCCACUGAAUGGGAGCUCCGUUUUGCUCAGGCCGGGGAUGCGCUGGAGGAACUACGACAGAGCCUCCGCCUACGCGAUCAUAUGUACACAUUCAAGAGAGAUUGGGUCCGUGGCCAGAGUGCAAAUACACGGGCACAAAACGCUCUAACUCGGGUAGUUGCGAAGGCAUCAGCAGCAGCUGACAAGUAUCGCGCUGCUCAUGGAGCACUUUCUGCCCUCGCUCCCUCGCUCCGAGUGGUCGGUUGGAACCGCAAAUACAAGGAACUCGACAAGAAAGAUGACGUCCGUGGCAUGUCAGCACCUCAGAAAGGUGUGAGUGAAGGGAGAAGGCAAUUGUCGUGGAUAUGGAUGGUGGAAGGAGUCGGAGACGAUCAGGAUGAGGCGAUACAAGAUAGUCUGAGAGUCGAGUGGUGUAAGGCUUGGGCCCAGUCAAUGCGAUGGGCAGAAGAAGUUGAACUUCUUCACGAGGAGAUGCGUAGGGUUCUCCAAUUCCUUAGGUGGUAUGCAGGGUGGUGGUAUGAGAAAGGUCAAGAUUGCACACAUGGUGGUACUGCCGACUCGGACAACGAGGGACUGGUUGCCUAUGCGCUUCGCCAGGCCCAACUUAGGCAUGAUCUCGCGGACCAUUUCGAGAAGAUGUGGAUGGCACAUGUUCAAGUUUCAACUACCUGA